UUCCAGGCGCUUCUUCUUCUUCGACUUCGACUCGGUGAGUGAGAGAGAGAGAGAGAGAGAGAGAGAGAGAGAGAAGCAGAAGCAUCAGCAAGCGGAUCCAUGGCGACGGCGACGUUCGUGGAAGUGCUCCUCGCCAUCUUCCUGCCGCCGGUCGGCGUCUUCCUGCGCUACGGCUGCGGCAUGGAGUUCUGGAUCGACCUGCUGCUGACCAUACUGGGGUACAUCCCGGGGAUCAUCUACGCGCUGUACGUGCUGGUGGCGUGAGGGCCGGGGGCCUUGGGCCGGGGACGGGGAGCAUGCCACCGGAGAGAGUAGAAUUGUGUAGCUUGUACCUGUGUCUCGGUGACGUGGAUUCAGUCAGUGUGGCGACGAACCUGGUCCCUGGAGGUGUUCUGUACUGUAUAGUGCAAGCGAAGGUGGUGUAAUUGUGGGGCGUAAUGUAUGCUCGAGCAUUGUGCGUCGUUUCUUUCUUCGGUCGCAACGCAGCAUUGCAACUGCUGUAAUGUAAUUGGGUGUAUUGAUUUAUGUCGCGGUUGCUUAUGGUGUGUUUAUCGAUGCCUCGUGUCUGCUA